AUGCAAAAGACGAGCAAAAUACAGUUGAACCCCCAUCCUGGCUCAACGGCGGAAGAAAUAGCCAAUGAGCCUGACUGGGCGGGUCGUCAUCACCAUCGCAUCGGGUUCAGGAAUAGCGAUGAUAGGACGCCCGGUCUCACCCAUCAUAUCGAUGGCGAGGAGCCUGAAUAUAAAGAAGAAAUCGAACAUGCUAGAGAAGACUUGGAAAUUCUGAGCCAAGAACGGGGGGAAGGGAAGCCUAUAAAUUUUCGAGAGUUAAUUGAUAGACAGGAAGAUUUCCAUCUGCGCCAUCCGGAUAACAGGUCGCUGGGUUGGCGUUAUGUGCUUGAUACGACGGAGGACUGGGUUAAGAAUCAAGAAAAAUGGCCAGCCAACUUGAGGGUUAAGGGAAAUGAAACUAGUGCAGAUGAGGGAGCAGAGAAAGAGGAACAAAAGGAACAAUCCAAGCACCAAAAAGACCAAAGCAACGAGCGGCAGACCCGGAAAAGCUCUGAAGAUCGUGCGCCCAAGAAAAUUUACAGCCCUGAGAAGCAAGUACUCCUAGAGGUUCUCAAGCGUGAGAAAGACUACAUUUCAUCACUUAAGGUCAGUGACGGAAACAAGUCUGCUCCGCAAAUCGAGGAUCGGGCAGCUCGUGUUAUUGAUGAACAGGAUCAGUUUACCCCUGAUAAUUGGCUUCCACGUUCAUCAGACCUCAUUCGCCUGACAGGAAAACAUCCAUUGAAUGCGGAAGCACAUCUCUCUCACCUCUUUGCGGCUGGCCUUAUCACGCCAAACGAACUCCAUUACGUGCGCAACCAUGGCUCUGUUCCGAGGAUUCUCUGGGAAUUUCACAAACUUGAUGUUGAAUACGAAGGGAACACAAUUUCUUUGUCAAUGGAUGAUCUCAAACACAACUAUGAGCCCAUAAAUAUUCCUGUCCUCUUGGCCUGUGAUGGGAAUCGUCGCAAAGAAUUUAACAUGAUCCGCAAGACUAAAGGAUUCAACUGGGGUGCCGGUGCCGUUAGUUGUGCGUACUGGAAGGGCCCGCUCCUACGAGACAUACUGAUCUCCGCUGGAGUCCCCAGGACGCUACCCCCCAACACCGACGGGGUCCGAUAUUGGGUCAACUUUGCUGGCGAUGAUGAGCUACAGGAGGGGAGGUAUGAGACAUGCAUCCCAUUUGAAUAUGCUAUGGACCCUACAAACGACGUGAUCCUAGCCUAUAAGAUGAAUGAUGUCUUCCUCCCACCAGAUCAUGGAUAUCCUGUCCGCUUGGUAAUACCGGGAUAUGUCGGCGGCCGCUGUGUGAAGUGGCUUAAAAAAAUAUGGAUUACGGACAAGGAAAACAGUUCAUAUCAUCAUAUUUGGGAUAACCGUGUACUACCAAGCUUUGUCACAGACAUAGACGACGAAUUUGCAAAAACGAUGUUCAGCCAUCCUGAUACAUCUUGCAAUGAACAGACCCUUAAUUCAGUCAUUGUCCGGCCAGCACAGGGUGAAAAAAUCAACUUCUCCGAGUGUCAGAAGGGCCAUAGCUACCGUAUCGAAGGAUACGCAUAUGACGGAGGCGGACACGAGGUGCAGCGCGUGGAGGUUUCACUUGAUGCUGGAGCCACGUGGUUGUAUUGUACACGCAAUUUCCCCGAAUAUCCCAUUCGCCACGGAAAAAAAUUCUGGACCUGGCUUCAUUGGCACGUUGAUGUUGAAAUGACACGUCUACUGGGUGCGCAGGGCAUCACUGUUCGUUGCUUCAAUGUGUUCAAAAACACACAGCCAGAAAACCCUAUUUGGAAUAUAAUGGGUAUGAUGAACAAUUGCUGGUAUAUUGUCAAGACCGAAUUAAUCGAGGGUGAUGAAGAAACAAAUCUUCCAUCAGUGAUAUUCAGACACCCAACUGAACCAGGGACUGGUGAAGGGGGUUGGCUGAAGCCGAGUGAAGAGAUCAAGAUUGCCCAGGCGAAACAAGAGGCCGGGACUCCGGAGAAGCAGUUUACUCGCGAGGAGAUUGAAAAGCAUGAUAAGGACAACGAUUGUUGGAUUGUCAUUGAUGGGAAAGUUUAUGACGCCACAAGCGUGAUCGAUUGGCACCCUGGAGGCAAAGCUGCUAUUCUCUCGCACGCCGGCAAAGUCCACCAACAGACGACAGAUGAGUUCGAGAGUAUUCAUGACGACUAUGCGUACGGGAAACUGAAAGAAUGCAUACUAGGAUCUAUCACCGAGAAGGCAAAGAACUUCAUUAAGAAAUCAGCAGAAGCCACAGCGCAGGAAGAUGUUGCCGACGGAAGCGAGCAUACUAAACUAGCGCUCCAAAAGCACAGAUGGGUCCCAGUUAAGUUGGUAGACAGACAAGAAGUCUCAAAAGAUACACGUAAAUACACAUUCCAGGUACCCGACGGCAAGGGCACUCUGGGGCUUGGUACCUGUCAGCACAUAUUGAUCGGGUUUCACCUACGAGACCGGAUGCUGGUUCGGAGUUACACUCCGAUUCGCCCACUGCUUCCUGCAAUUCAAACAGACCAAGACAGCACUUACGAGUCAUCUGAAGAGCAAGAGAAGUCAGAUGAUAGGCGCUCUCCUGUUAGAGACGGCCAUGGAACCUUUGACCUAAUGGUUAAGACAUAUUUUCCAGAUCCAAACCAACCCGGUGGCGCAAUGUCAAAUAUCUUGGAUUGUAUUCCCGUCGGCGAAGAGGUCGAGAUGCGUGGACCAACAGGUGAUAUUAUAUAUGAAGGGUCUGGGAAGUUUAUAAUCGAAGGUAAAGAGCGACAGUUCACUCAGGUAUCACUCGUCCUAGGCGGUACAGGCGUUACACCCGGGUUUGCUCUUAUUGCUCGUAUCUUACUCACCGACGGCGACUCUACGCAGCUACGAGUACUCUAUGCCAAUAAGACAGAAGAUGAUAUACUCCUUCGAGAUGAACUAGAUCGUUUCGCCAAAAGUUCAGAAAGACAAAUUAAAAUUACACAUGUGCUGAGUAAUCCUAAUGAACGGUGGAAGGGUUAUCGCGGCCAUGUCAACUCCGAUAUGAUUCGGGAGAACUUGUUUGGGCCGGCGGACACUAGUGUUGUAUUUUUGUGCGGGCCUCCUCCCAUGAUACAAAAGGCGGCGCUGCCUGCUUUAAGAGAUUGGGGUUAUGUUGAAGAUCAGAACAUGUUCGGGUUCUGA